GGUGGCCAUAUUCAAAUUCAACGCCGAUUCUAAUUUCUCAGCGAUUCUACGUUGCAAGAUGGCGAACGUUUACACGUUGAAACCUUUACGUUAAUACCUUGGUUAAUACCUGACUAGAAGAAAAUGUGGUUCCGUCAGUAGUGGUAUUUGUGUAUUAUUUUCUUUGUAAACAUUACACGUCAAGAUGCCAAAAGUAAAAACAGACAAGAAAAGGGAAAAUCUUACAGUUGCCAAACAAGGCAUUCUGUUCAACAAGAACUUUGGCCAGCACAUAUUGAAAAACCCACUCAUUAUACAAGCAAUGGUUGAGAAAUCUGCACUCAGGCCAACAGAUGUUGCUUUGGAAGUUGGUCCCGGAACUGGAAACAUGACAGUCAAACUGCUGGAGAAAGUGAAGAAAGUCAUCGCGUGUGAAAUUGAUCCAAGGCUGGUGGCGGAGCUGCAGAAGCGCGUCCAAGGCACGCACCUGCAGUCGAGGCUGCAGAUAAUGAUCGGGGACGUGCUCAAGUCGGACCUGCCCUUCUUCGACGUGUGCGUGGCCAACAUCCCGUACCAGAUCUCGUCCCCGCUGGUAUUCAAGCUGCUGCUGCACCGGCCGUUCUUCCGCUGCGCGGUGAUCAUGUUCCAGCGCGAGUUCGCGCAGCGGCUGGUGGCCAAGCCGGGCGACAAGCUGUACUGCCGGCUGUCCGUCAACACCCAGCUGCUGGCCCGCGUCGACCUCCUCAUGAAGGUUGGCAAGAACAACUUCCGACCACCUCCAAAGGUGGAAUCCAGCGUGGUGCGCAUCGAGCCGCGCAAUCCGCCGCCGCCCGUCAACUUCACAGAGUGGGACGGCCUGACGCGCAUCGCGUUCAACCGCAAGAACAAGACCCUGAGCGCCGUGUUCAAGCAGUCGCUGGUGGUGACGGCGCUCGCCAACAGUCACCGCAUAUACUGCUCCAUGAAGAACAUUCCCAUUCCUGAGGAUUUUGACAUGAAACAGAAGAUUGAAGAUGUUUUGAAAACUGGCGACUGGGAAACAAAGCGGGCCCGAACAUUGGAUAUCGACGACUUCAUGAUGCUACUUACAGCAUUCAACAAAGAGAACAUUCAUUUCUCGUGAAAUUCCUUAAUGGAAAAACAGCAGGUGUAAAAAUUCCUCUGCUGAUUUAAUGAAAGAUCAGAUACAUUUGUUGUUUAAUUCUUUUAUAUUAAAACUACAAAUGCAUCUCAAACAUUACAGCAUAUUUUUAUGUCGACACAUGAAUAAUAUGAUAUAGUUGUCAGAUGAGUCAAUUUGUUUUGUAAAUAAAAUAUAAAACAAUGGUUUACUAAA